CACCUUCCGAACCAUCAUACAUGCUGCUGAGGCGGGCUCUUUCAAAACAGUUGUCGUCUUGCGACCCAAAGGAGCGGAAGCGGAAGUUAUACUGGUUUCAACAUGCCCUAUCAGAAGGUAAAACCGCAGCGGCGAUUGGAGGUGCUCCACGACACAAAAGUCGCCCGAGAAUUAGAAAUUUUGGAAAGAGAGCUGAAGCUACGGUUGCAGCACCGCCCCAGCACCCUGUCCUUUGAAGAGACUUACCGAUCCGCCUAUCGUGUUGCGAUACUAUUCAGGGAGAAAAAGAAGCUGUACGAAUUGGUAGUGACACUCAUAGAUGAGUACAUGAACGCACGUUUCCCUACGCUACCUAUGCGGGAUCGCCUUUUACAAGCACCAAUCGAGGAGAUGGGAGCUGCACGGGAUGUCGAGUCGGACGUGACGGAACUCUUGGAGGCAUUGGAAAAUCUUUGGAAAGAUCUCAGCAUCCAACUUUCUGUGGUACGCGAUCUGUGCAUGGCUCUGGAAAGCUGCUACUAUGACGACAACAACUUACCGAGCGUAUACGAUGCCGGUUGCACUACCUUUCGGAGGCUAUUCCAGCAACACUUAUUUCCUAUUGGUGUGAACUCGACGACUGUUCAAAAUGUCAUCAUGGUCUUCAUCCGGAACGAGUUCCACCGAGACCGGAUUUAUGAUCUUGUGGACCAUGAACGUCUACGCUCAUCCAUCCAAUUCUUGAAGACGAUCUCCGAAAAUGUAGCGAAAAAUAAAGUCUCCAAGAAUACAGCGGAAGAAGACACGCCGUUCGCCGCUGUCGAAGCACGCUUGCUGCACGACUGUCAGAGAUUUUACCAGGAAGAGGCAGAGGCCUGGCUGCAUCAUGGAAGAUUAGAUUCGUACUGCCAUCAAGCCGUUAGACGACUUCAGGAUGAGUGGGAGCGGUGCAAGGCACUCCUCGGGGAGCCAAGUGCCGGAAAGAUGGUAAAGCUUGUGGGUGAUGAGGUGAUACGACGUCGGCUCGAUGAUCUAAAGCAGCUAGAAGCACGGGACGAUGUCUUGACAUGGUUGCAAGAUGAGGAGAGCAGACUGCUGUCAUAUUCAACAAUACGGGACGCAUCGAAAGAUGAUAUCAGGUAUUGAGUCGGAAUGCCGGAUGAGGAAAUGCCAGAUGUGGACGACAUCGCUUAGUCCAUGCAAAGCCUAUUACGGUCCGGGAACCGCGUGCUACGCCCUCACAUCACCAACAUGGGAGACACCCCUUCAACAGCUAUGUAGCACGUCCAGUCCAGCCCUGCAAAGCAUUAAACUAGUCUAUCAAUAUCAUCCUUCGCCUUGGCCGUUUUCACAUGCGCGCCAUCAUGUCUAGUCUCGAACGCAGCACGCUCAUAGAGAAGAAGCAGCUACUCGUCGUUCUUCCCUUCCCAUCCGCUCUUAAAAGCCGUCCCAAGGAAG